GCUGGGGGAGAGACGUCAUUCCCUGGAACCUGCGGACUUCCUCUCUGCCGGCCUGGUCCUUCUGUCUGCCGGGUGCUGGUCCCAGGCUCGCUCUCUGGCCCAGCCCUCUGUCCCUCUCUCUCUCUCAGCAGCUGUCUCUCUCGUGCCCGCUGGCCUGUCUCUCCCCUUCCCUGAAGUCGCCUUCUCCGCCUGCCUGGGUGGCCGCCAUGGGCCGGAAGCGGCUCAUCACUGACUCCUUCCCAGCAGUGAAGAGAAGGGAGGGCCCCGCCGGACACAGCAAGGGGGAGCUGGCACCAGAGCUAGAGGCAGAGAUCCAGCCCCUGAGCGUGGAUGAAGCAGAGCUGGAGCUGCUGAGGCACUUUGACCUGGCCUGGCAGUACGGCCCCUGCACAGGGAUCACAAGGCUGCAGCGCUGGCAUCGGGCUGAGCGGAUGGGCUUGGAGCCUCCCCCAGAAGUGUACCAAGUGCUACAGACCCACCCCGGAGACCCCCGCUUCCAGUUCAGUCUCUGGCAUUUCUAUCCCCUCUGAGGUCCCACCUAAGUCUCCUGCCGCUACCCAAGAACCUCAGGACACGAGCAAGAGCCAGUUACUGCCUCUCAGCUCAGCUCUGUGUGGAGAACAUCGCAGGAAGGAGUCUUGCAGGCAAGGAAAGAGACUGAGUCUGGAAGUCUCCGCACUCAGCCCUCCAUCUGACCAGCAGAGCCCCUCUGAGAGCCGAAGAGCACUGCCUGCAUUGGUGGUGGCCUCUGAG